UGUUUCGGUCAGACCAGAGAAGGGCAUCAGUUCAAUCAUUCAGUUCAUUCAAACAGCAUCUUGGGAAGCACCCUUUUAGAGAAAUAUGAAUAAAUUCUUUGUAGUUUUGUGUGUUGCCCUGGUGGCAUCAGCUUCAGCCAAACCUGGCUACAACUAUCAACAGCCACAGAAGGCACAACCCGGUCCUGCUCUAGGAGGUAAUUUUAAGCAACAAAGCUUCCGCCCUUCUCAACCAGCCAGUAAUAAUGCUGUUUUCUCCGUAGUCCAAUCGCCUCCUUUGGCCUCGUUCAGUGCCUCAGCUCCAGUUCAGGUUAACCUUCCACCAGCACCCGCCCCAGCUCCUCAAUUCUCUCAACAAUACACAGCUCCAGCUCCCCAAUAUGUUCCUCCCGUCCAACAGCAGUUUGUUGCACCAGCUCCUGCUGUCCAACAACAACAAUUCGUUGCUCCGGCUGCCCAACAACAACAACAAUUCGUUGCUCCUGCUGCUCAACAACAACAACAAUUCGUUAGCCAACCCAGCUAUCAACCUCAUCCUCAGCCCCAACAACAAGUUAUCAUCUCCAAGGACAUUUUCAUUCACUCUGCCCCCGAGGAAGUUGAGGAAAUUGGCAACGCUGCCGACACACCAUUGGGACCCAUCCGCAAAAACUACCGCAUUGUCUUCAUUAAGGCCCCAAGCCAAAACCUUAAAUUGAACUUGGAUUCCCUGAAACGUGCUCAAGCUUCCAACGAAGAAAAGACCGUCAUCUAUGUCUUGUCCAAGAAACCCGACCUUAAAGACCUCCAAAACCAAUUGUCGGUUGUUCAAAACGAACAGAAAUCCCACAAACCCGAAGUCUUCUUCAUCAAGUACAGAACCCAAGAAGAAGCCAAUCGUGCCCAACAAGAAAUCCAAGCUCAAUACGAUUCUUUGGGUGGUUCCACUCACAUUUCCGAUGAAGGUGUCGCUCCUGUUACCUCUGUCAUUGGUGGUGGCGUUAUCAAUGUUGGCAAUGCUGGUACUAACUUGGGUGGUAACUUUGGAACCACUUCAUUCCAGGGUGGUAGCGCUGGUGGCAGCUUGGGUAGCAACUUGGGCUCCGCCACAUUCCAAGGUGGCAACAGCUUCGGUGGUCAACAACAAUUCGUUCAACAAUCUUUCCAAUCCUCUUCCCAAUCUUCUGUUGGUGCUACCAACUUUGCCACUGUCCCCUCUCAAAAGUACUUGCCAGCCAAGAAGAAGUAAGAUGGCCCUUCAAUUUUUGUUUUAAAGAGAAUUGUGCCAUUAGAUGCUGUUAAACCUGAUAGAAGUUAAGUCUUUUUCUCCCUUUCUUCAUAUUUUCUUCCAACAUAUUUAGAAUACAAUUAAUUUAUUAAUUCAAUAAAGAAUGACAUAUUACAUCAAUUA